UUCUGCUUAACUGCCAACUGUUUGCUAGCGUCAACAGGCAUUAUUUAAGCAUAUAGUGCGACGAAGUGGCUUAUCGUCCGUUCAUUGUUGACAAGCCUCAGGUAAUCAGACAGAUGCAAAAACUGAACUUGCCGAGACGGGAUCAAAGUGUGGAAAAAGUGGGAAAAAUCUAAACCAAUGAAGAGUCUGAGACUAACGAAUGACUCCGAUGCAGAUGUAGAAUCCGAAGUACUGAACGACUUAGAGCAAUUGAACAUUUCAGAAACAGCUGGAAGCGGUAAAGGCUGCAGCGAUCAUGGAUGUGCUUUGGUCUCGCUGCAACAGCGGUUUGAUAUUAACAAAAUAGAAAAAACUGCAAAAAAGUUUAGGCUGAACUUUAACGAAGGUGAUUUACGCUCCCUUACGAUACCAGACGAGCAGCUGCACGAUUACGCGAUCGACCUUUACUUGCAACUUGUUAUCGGGCGUGCAAAUGACGACCGACUAUCGAAUCAACAGCUGCCGAAGGCGUACGCGUUCAGUUCCAGCUUUCUUUACAGCUACGAAAACUACCAUUACGAUGUCGUCAAGGGCGCAAUUGACGACCUUCAAAAAUACGACCUUCUGCUGUUCCCUGUUAAUGAAAAUGGCGUUCAUUGGUGUUUGGCCGUCGUUCAUACAGGAACCUGGACUAUUGAAUACUACGAUCCGUUAUGGAAUCAAAAAAACGAAACUGCCCAUACUGACAGUGUAAAAAAAGUCAAUACGAUUAGAGACUAUUUGUCGGAACAAAUGGAAACACAAAAUAUGGAAUACCGCACCUGCUCAGUUCACUUUAUCCGAGAUAUCCCGCAACAGCAAAACAGUUAUGAUUGUGGCAUGCAUGUACUACAUAAUUUAGUACAAAAAUGCAGCGAGUUUCUCUGGUUAUAUUUCGCCAUUUCGAUGAACUUUUAG